AUGUUCACUGAAAAUGAUUUCGAGAGUUUAGAUUUAUUAUGGUACGAUGUCAGCCAAUCUAACCAUCCGAAACCAAUUGGCAGUGGAGCAUUUGCCGACGUGUAUUAUCUAGAAUUAAAAAAUUCCAAGUGUGUUGCACUGAAAAUUUUCAGAAUAAGCGACGAAGCAUCGGAGGAAAUUCGUAAAGCUAUAUUAAGAGAGUAUUAUUCUAUAUUUAGACUUCAUGGUUUUCACUGA